CUGAUUAGCGCGCGAUAAAUUAUUAAAACAAACGACAGACGGGACUCGAGGAGGACGGUUCGCCAGUUAUUAGUUUAUUACCUACAACUAUAAUACACUCAAUACAAAAUCGUCGAAUUCGCAGUGAUACUAUAGUUUAUUGUUGUUACAAUUUACAACCGUCGUAUCAUAAAUGAUGCGUAGGAGUGUAGGACGAUCGACAGACUGAUGGACAAAUUGUACUUUGUCUCUAACAGUUUUACUUGCGAACCGACUUGGCGAUGUUGGUUAUUUUAAGCGUUAAAGUGUUCGAAUAUUUUUCAAACAUAAUAGUUUAUAAAAAUUUAAAUUGAAUGUCGGUCGUCACUCGUCGGUGAACUGAAAAUAUCAAAUAAUUACAAGGCGAAAAAAAAAAUCUUCUUUUGUGCGGCCGGGAAAUGCACGGACACAACCUUGGCGCCACUGUAGCCGACUCGCACUCGCACACACACGCGAUAAAACUGGGCGUGUGUGCGUGAACGUAAACGCGAUUGUUGGGAGUGUGUGCGUAAUCGUCGUUUCAUUGUGCUCUGCUGCUGCUUUUGCUGUCGCUGACUCGCUGUUGUUGUCGCUCUGAUCGAUAUCAAAUAUCAAUAUAAUUUAUCAUCCCCCGGCGAACGGUACUUCAACGCCAAGGAGAGAAACUCUGAGUCGACAUGUCUUUCACUGCUGACACCGCCAGUAACCGGUCAUAGCGGUCGUCCGUAUGCGCACAGUGGUCGCUCUGCAGUUGGCCAUUCAACGAAGAUGCGCGAGUUCAAAGUGGUCGUGCUGGGCUCGGGCGGCGUGGGCAAGAGUGCCUUGACCGUGCAGUUCGUGUCUGGCCGGUUCAUGGAGAAGUACGACCCGACUAUAGAGGACUUCUACAGGAAGGAGAUCGAAGUCGACAGUUCGCCAUGCGUGUUAGAAAUACUCGACACCGCUGGCACCGAACAGUUUGCCAGUAUGCGCGACUUGUACAUAAAGAACGGACAGGGAUUUGUUGUCGUGUACAGCCUAACUAACCAUCAGACCUUCCAGGACAUUAAACCCAUGAAGGAGCUCAUCACCAGGGUGAAGGGAUCAGAGCGAGUGCCCAUAUUGCUGGUUGCAAACAAAAUCGAUUUAGAACAUCAACGUGAGGUUCCAACGAUUGAGGGAAACACUCUAGCCCAGAUCUGGGGCUGUCCGUUUGUUGAGGCAAGUGCCAAGAACCGUACCAAUGUUAAUGAAGUGUUUGCAGAAAUUGUGCGAGAAAUGAAUUUCAGCAAUGACAAAGAGAAGAAGAGUUAUUGUUGCUGUACAGUUCUAUAAGCCAUAUUUUUUAGAAUUUUGUGUUUUGUGUGCAUCAAUCAAUGUCAAAUGUUGCUGGUGAUUUCAAUUUUAAUCAGAAAUACGUCAAAAUUCAUAUUCAAUAGUAUUGGUGUCAGGAACUUCUCACUACAAUUAUUUACAUAUCCAGCUUUAAAAAGGGUACGUUUUCUAAAGACUGUCGAUGAUAUUGAUAAUAUACAUAAUAAUACAAAUUAUUAACAAAUAGAUUUUUUUAUAAAUCCACCUAUCGCAUGUGGCACAAUACUGCAAGUGCCAUUUAAUGUUAUAAUAUUAUAUAAAGAUAGAAUAUGUUUUUUUUUUAAAUUUAAUUUUAUUAUUUAACUAGCGUUAAAUGUUUUCUGUAAUGUAUACAAUUUUUUUGUUAUAUCGAAAUGCAGGUUUAUUGAUACAAAAUGUUAAGGCAGGAAUGAGAUAAUAACUUAUAAUAUAAUGUGUAUUCCUGUAUGUAAUAUAAAAGGGAAUAGGCGGAGUAAUAAUAAUAAUAAUAAUAUUAACGGCCUAAUUAUUGUAUAUUGUUUUUGAAACUUAUUAUUUUGUAACACAUAUUUUUUAUACUUUUUAUACUUAAAGACAAAAAAUAUAUACAAUAAUAUAAUAGUCAAUGGAACAAUUUUAGAUUAAGAGAUAACGGAGUUUAAGUGUAUUCAUCCGUGUAAAUAAUAAUUUAUGGAUCUAGGCAUUUUUAACAAUUUGUCUUGUUUUUGAUUGAUAUAUAUUUUUUUUUUAGCGCAUUAACAUACUUUUAAUCGAUCAAGUGGUUUUGCAGAAAGCAUUAUGUACCGUUAAUUUUUUUUUGCCUUUGUGAUAUUAAUUUUAUUUUUACGCCAUUAUUCCAGAACUAAAUUGAUAUAUGAUAUAACUAUUUUGAUUCGCUUCAUCGAUAUAAUAAUAUGCUAAUGAGAAGCGAUUUCAAAAUGUUCCCGUGCGUCUGGCUUGCUUCACAAUGGACCAUAACAUUGUGCGAAGUCAAGUACCAAAGAUUAAGCCACAUUAAAAUAUGUGAUAUUUUGAUUCUUAAAGUUAUUUUCUCCCCUUAGCUCUCUCUUUACUUUAAAUAGUAGUAUCUAUAAUGUCUUCUGCAAUCUUCACACUAUUAUAAUAUUAUUAUACUUUAUACCCCUUUUAUUUUUCCUUAAAAAAAUGUGAAUACAUUUUAAAAUCAUAUUAUUAUUUAGUAAUAUUUUAUUUUCCACAAUGGUGCAUACCUAAUAUUAAUUUUUCAUGUACUUGUGAAUAGCCUGUUUUUUUUUUUUAAUAUAUAUUGUAUUUAAAUAUAAAUAAUAUAAUAUAUAAUAAUAUAUAAAUUAUAUUAUACUAAACACGUGUCAAUAAAUUUUUGUGGUAUGACACUUUCUUGAUUCUACUUUAUAUAUAUGUAUACAUAUAGAAAUUUAUAAAUAAUAAAUUAUACGUGUAUAUAAUAUAUAUAUAUAUAUAUUAUGUACAUGAAUAAAAAGAUGUAUAAAUGAAUAAAAACAAAAAUAAUUUGAAAACUCAAAGUGCGUAUUGUAUUUAAUAAAAACUGUUCUAGU